UGUGUGUGUGUGUGUGUGAGGCGCGUCUUUGUCCAGCGGCUAACGUCGGGUGUAAGAGCUGAGGCUGGGAUGGAGCUUGGUUGAGAGUCAUGUUGUGUGAAGGGACGAGCGGAGGUUUGUGAUCCGGCGGUGUCAAAAGCAGGAGGAACUGCCUCAGGAGGCUCAGAGAAAUCACAUGCCAACCUCCUCAAGAAGUUGAGCAGCACACUAUGUGAGAGCAGCUCCCCGACUCUCUGACUCCUGACUCUCUGGGUAGGACUCCUGGAGUUUGAUCAGGCUCCAUGGACGAGCUGGAUCCGGAGGAACAGUUCCUGCGUCACGCCAGGAAUGGAGACCUGCCUGGGAUCCAGAGGCUCCUCAUGUCCACCAUAAAGGAGGAGACGCAGAUCAACAUCAACUGCAAAGGUAAGAGUAAGUCUAACCUGGGAUGGACCCCUCUUCACUUGGCCUGUUACUUUGGACACAAAAAUGUAGUGGAGGAAUUGCUUAAGGCAGGGGCGGAGGUAAACUUGCCCAACAACAUGGGAGACACUCCGCUGCACAAAGCUGCCUUCACGGGAAGACAGGAGGUUGUCAUGCUGCUGCUGAGAUUUGGUGCAUGUGCCACUGUCAUCAAUGGGACAGCACAGAUUCCCAAAGAUGUCACGCAAAACGCAGAAAUCAGAAACAUGUUAGAAGCGGCUGAGAGAACAGAGGAGAGGAUAUUAGAAGAACAACUUCUGGAAGCUGCGAGAGAAGGAGACCUGUCCGCUCUGACGCAGCUGCUCAACAGAAAGAAGCCACCUGACAUUAACUGCACUGAUCUGCUCGGUAACACUCCGCUCCACUGUGCAGCCUACCGUGGCCAGAGGCAGUGUGCGCUGAAGCUGCUCAAGAGCGGAGCCAGCCCGCUCAUCAAGAACAAGAAUGACCAGACUGUGUUCGACCUGGCCAACGAUGCCUUGAUGAAGCAGACGCUUGAAGGCAGUGUUCAUCGAGGUCUGACACGCCAUGUCAAGACAUUUGAGGGACUCAUCUGGAAGAGCUCCAGGUUUUUCGGCUGGCGCUCCUACUGGGUCGUCCUUCAGGAUGGAGUUUUGUCCUGGUAUUCUAAACAGUCAGAUGCAGCUGCCAAUAUCAGGAGGCAAGGCUGUAAGUCCCUGACACAGGCUCACUGUUUGAUCAGGGCCAGAGAUAACUGCUUUUUCACCCUGAAGUGCUUUGAUGACAGCGUGCAUCACUUUAAAGUGUCGCCAAAAAAUGACCCAGAGGCAACAAGAAGAGCAUGGCUGGAAGCAUUAGAGGAGCACGCUGCUUACAGCACACACUACUGCUCUCAAGAUCAAGGCAGCGAGGAGGAAGAAGAGGAAGUGAUGUCACUCGGGGAGCUAACAGACUCACUACAGGCAGCUGAGGCCAGCCACAAAAAACUGGAAAUGGAGGUGGCGGCUUUCCUGGCCAUGGUGAAAAGUGAUGGGCUCACAGAAAAGUUUCCGUCCCCCGUAUUGCAGAAGAUGCAGGAGGUGUGUGAGCUGUCACAAGAGACCUGCUCCAAUCUGAGCGUCUGUCUCAGCCUCUUCUCCAAACAGGAAGGGGUGCGCAGCUUGAAAUUGGAGCAGGAGGUAGAGAAGAAUAAGAUCCUUUCUGAAGCACUGCAGACUCUUGCCACAGAGCACCACGAACUUGAGCAAUCCGUCGUCAAGGGAUCUUCACCACACAGCGCUCUCAGCGAGGAUGAGUUCUACGACGCUGUGUCUGAAUCGGACUCGGAGCACUCCCUGAGUGGCUUUGAGACCGUGGCCAGCCAUUCCUUUGAGGAAGACGAGGAGGAGGAAGGCUCUGUCCUGUCGAGCAGCCGCCGCAACUCCCCCACCAGCAUGUUACAAGACGAUCACCAUGGCAACCAGGAGGAGACUCAACCUAACGGGAUCACAAAGCAUAGGAGCAGUUUACCUGCGCCUAUGUUUUCAAGAAAUGACUUCAGCAUUUGGAGCAUCCUGAGGAAGUGCAUUGGGAUGGAACUCUCCAAGAUCACAAUGCCUGUGAUUUUCAAUGAGCCGCUCAGCUUCUUGCAGCGUCUGACAGAGUACAUGGAGCACACGUACCUCAUCCACCAGGCCAUCGCCUCCUCAGACUCCAUUGAAAGGAUGAGGUGUGUAGCUGCGUUUGCUGUGUCCGCUGUGGCAUCCCAGUGGGAGCGGACAGGUAAACCCUUCAACCCGCUGCUGGGAGAAACCUAUGAACUGGUCAGAGAGGACCUGGGCUUCCGGCUGAUAUCGGAGCAGGUGAGCCACCACCCUCCAGUCAGCGCCUUCCACGCCGAGGGCCUGAAGGAUGACUUUGUCUUCCACGGCUCCAUCUACCCCAAACUCAAGUUCUGGGGGAAAAGUGUGGAAGCUGAGCCAAAAGGCAUCAUGACAUUGGAGCUGCCCAAGUAUAAUGAAGCCUACACAUGGACCAACCCUACAUGCUGUGUUCACAAUAUCAUUGUGGGCCAGCUGUGGAUUGAGCAGUAUGGGAAUGUGGAGGUGAUUAACCACAAAACCGGUGAAAGGUGCUGCUUGAAUUUCAAACCAUGCGGCCUCUUUGGUAAAGAACUGCACAAGGUGGAAGGGUAUAUUCUGGACAAAAGCAAAAAGAAGCUCACCGCUCUCUAUGGGAAGUGGACCGAGUGUUUGUACGUGGUAGAUCCUGCUGCAUUUGAAGCUCAUAAGAGAAACGAUAAGAAGGGGACGGAGGAGAAAAAAAGCUCCAAACAGGGUUGUGGCGAGGAGCCGGAGGAAAUCCCCCUGCCAGACGCAGAAACUGUGGAAGUCAUCCCUGGCAGUCAGCUCCUGUGGAGAAUAGCACCUCGACCGGCCAACUCUGCUCAGAUGUACAGCUUUACGUCCUUUGCAAUGCAACUGAACGAGCUGCAUAAGGAGAUGGAGGGAGUCAUUCCUAAAACAGACUGUAGGCUGCGACCAGACAUACGAGCAAUGGAGAACGGUGACAUUGACCUUGCAAGCGAGGAGAAGAAAAGGCUGGAGGAAAAGCAGAGAGCUGCACGCAAAAAUCGCUCUAAAUCUGAUGAGGAGUGGAAGACGAGGAGCCCUGCCCUUGGCCCAAGGUGGUUCCACCAGGGGCAAAACCCCCACCUCAGCUCCCAGGACUGGCUGUUUUCUGGUGGAUACUGGGACAGGAAUUACAGCCAGCUGCCAGACAUUUAUUAAUGGACAUUUGUUGGGUAGUGAAAAUUAGUGCAGUAUGACUUUUACUCUGUUAACUGCUCUGUCAGAAAAGUUGCGUUCAACUUGUUUUUUAACAGAAGAGCUAAUACAAGCAAUAUGCAAAUAGUGUACUUUAACAGUGUGGCCUUAAUCUGUCAUGAUAAUACUGUGCAUACAAAUGGAAAUAACUCUGAUAUUUAAUAGUUACGAUAUACGUAAAGGUGUUUGACAUUGCUUUGAAAUGUAGCAUUUGUAUUUAAGUGUCCGUCUGUUUUGUUGUCCAUAAUCGUGUUGUGACUUUAAACAAUCUGCACAUCUGUGUGUGUGUGUGUGUGUGUGUGUGUGUGUGUGUGUGUGUGUACGUAUAUAUAUAUAUAUAUAUAUAUAUAUAUAUAUACGUACACACACACACACGUAUAUAUAUAUGUAUAUAUACGUACACACACACACACACACACACACAUAUAUGUAGUGAAAUUGCACCUGCAAUGGUCUCAUCCCAUUAUUCACGCUGAAAAUGUUACUGACUGUUAGUACUCCCACUGUUUCUCCAAAAAACAUGAAAACCAUUUCUAACUAUUGAUGAGAUCCUUAGAGGAGUACUAAAAUAUACAUCAGGAUUAAAUAGUAUAUUAGAGUUGUUUUGUGUUCAUGUCUUCAUGUUCUUCUAAAAUAGUGCACACCUGAAAGUACCAGGGAUCUGGAGGAAUGAGUGUUUAACUUGUGGAGGUCUCUCCUUUUAAUGUGAAACCAAACAACUCUCCAAUGUUACUGCUAUAGUUUCUAAAAUUUUAUUUUUUAUUUUUGUUUUGUUUUUUUAAUGUUUUCAUACUUCUAUAAUGCUACUUUGGGAGGAUUUCGACCUCUUGUUACUCCAGUUAUCCUCACAAAACAUCGAUAUUUGCUAAUCAUCUAGUCAGCUACCUCUUUGGUUGUGAUUGAUGUGCAUCACCACAAUGACUCAAAAUCGCAUUCAAAAAUCACAUUUGAACAGACUGAUGACUGUGGUAUGAUCAAAGGAAGUGUAAUGAAUGUUUUUAAAGUAUUUUUUCGCAAGCUUUGAUCCCAUUCCAUCUGUAUUUUCUAUACCAAUGCAACCCUUAUAAACUACUUUACAGAGAAA